AUGGAGCUGACCCCAAUCAAAAUCCGGCUGAAAAAGCGUCGGGCAGGCGACAAAGGUUCACACCAACCCUCAGGAUCGCAUCAAACACAAAAGGCUCUCGACCGGGAACGGCACAGGAAAAAGCGAAGGAGAAAGCACAAGACAGGCGAGUCCCACGCGGCUGUGCGGGCCUCCUACUUCGAGAGAGAGGUACCACUCGAGGUCCUCGAGAGCAUAUUUUGGCAAAGCGAAAACGUCAACCUGCCGCUGUCUUCUCUUCGCUUUGGUUGGCUACUCUCAGGCCGGCCCACGUUGCGCCAGACCUUCAUCAACGCAUUUGCGCCGACGUGGGACAUUUGGCACGGCUGCGUGCAGCAGAUCAGCGCUGAAGGGCGCCGUAUCUUCAGCUCUGCGGGGCAGGAGGAAGUUCCCGAGCAAUGGGGUGGCAAUCCAGAUUUCCAAUCUGCACUUCUGAGACAGCCUUGGUCAGACAUCGACAUGAUCCUUGAGAGCGAACAGUUUUGGUGCAAUAGAUCUGCCCGAGAUCGUGUCUACGAGCCCGCCAAGCUCUGGGGAGAUGUCCAGUCUCAGACACUGGAAGAGGACGACCCGCAGGUCAGCAGCCUUGUCCGCGACGAGUUUCUCAACGACUACGCAGCCUUUCGUCAGACUGAAAAGCUAGCGCUGCCACUCGACGGCUCGCUGGUCAACACCUCCAAGACCUAUAUCCGAGCUCACCAAGACACGCAGAUUCCAGAAGAACUCAUUACAGGACCUUGGGCGGACGCCAAGUCGAUACAGAAGCUCUUCUGGCUUGUACGUGCUGGGUGUCGGUUAACAGAGGACCAGACCUGGGAAGUCACGCUGGAGGGCUUCCAGAAUGCUGUCUGGGGUUCGGCAAAGUACGAACCAGGGUGGAAGAAGCCAUCUUCAGGGCAAGAGGCGCCACCCGAGCAUAAGGUCGAUCUCACAGUGGUUCGCCUGCUCGUGGCUCUUGAUGCAUUUCGCCAGUGGCCGCCUCACGUAGUUAGGGACGAGCUUGACAAGCUGUUGCAGAGGCUGGAGGACUCGAAGAAGUACAGCCCGGUGAAUGUCUAUGCAUACACGCACGCUGCAUUGGAGGUGCGGCGACACUACCCGGAUGAAGAAGGGGAGUAUGCUGGGAAAUUGCCAUCCUAG